AUGUCUGAUUACUCUGAUUACUCUGAUUACUCUAAUGGCUCUGGUUCCUCCUCUAAGGACUCUGCAUCCUGUGAUAUAUGGGUCCCAGAGACAAUUAAGCUGGUGAUUAUGGCAGCAAAAAGAUUAUCCGAGGAUUACAAGAACGACAAGACAGAAUUCAACAAGAUGAUUGCCUUCAAAUGCGCACACAAUGCAAUCAUCCUGGCCAGAAAAGAUUCUGUUCUGAAAGACGAAGCUCCUUCCAUCAUGAAGGAGAUUGCAGACUACUUUGAUGAUGCUGAGGACAAAGCAAUACUUGAUGGAUUUUUAAACAAGGCAGAGAUACGCCUGGUACCAGUGAAGUCGGAGCUGACCAUUCAUGACUAUCUUUUGAUCUCAAAGGGUGAGCCGUGGGGCUCUGAAGAUCCUGUCAAAGCUAAUGAAUCAAGUGAUUCAAAGGCAGUGAUUGAUCAAGCCAACCCAAAGAAGCGGGUGGUAGUGAUUCAUCAAGACAAAUCAAAAAGGCUGGAGGUAGUGAUUCAUCAAGCUAAAUCAAGAAGGCUGGAGGUAGUGAUUCAUCAAGUCGAUCCAACAAAGGAUCUGAGGCCAAUUAUUCAUCAAGACAAGCCAGAAAACCGAGCCCAGUGA